AUGUUUUCCCCUAUACAAACAAGAAGUCCAAUAAUAACUGAUUAAAACUGAUUCUACAUAAUAAUUUCAUCAAUAAUUAGACCAGAACCCCAAUAAUAAAAUCAGUAUUAUAUUCUCACCUCUUCAUAACUUAACUUUCCCAUUUCACUACUACACACACCAAUUCAUCUCUCUCUUUCUCUGCUCUCAUUUUUUGCCAUGGAAGGUGAUGAUGAAGCAUGCAACAAGGGCCUGAGUCUGGAACUGAGAUUGGGGGCAUAUGAGUCAAAGGAUCAGGAGAAGCAGAAAGUGGAGAAACCUGUUGCUGCAGCUGGUUUGGACUUAUCUUUCGAUGAUGAUCAUGAUCAGGAUCAUCAUGAUGACGAUGAGGGAAAAGGACUCUUUCUGAAGAGAGGAAAUGAAGAACACCAUCACCCAAAUGAAGAGAGUCCUGAUAACACCAAUGACAGCAGAAAGAAACUGAGGCUUACCAAGGCACAAUCAUUCAGACUUGAGGAUGCUUUCAAGAUGAAUGACUCCAUUAAUGCGGCUCAGAAGCAGGCACUUGCUGAGGAAUUGAAUUUGAAGCCAAGACAGAUCGAGGUUUGGUUCCAGAACAGAAGAGCAAGGACCAAGCUGAAACAAACCGAGGUGAAUUGUGAGUUCUUCAAGAAAAUCCAUGAAAAGCUAACCAAUGAGAACCUGAGGUUGAAGAAGGAAUUGGAGGAGCUUCGUGCACUGAAAGUUGGAGCACCACCACUGCACAGUUCUCAUCUCUCCAAGGCUUCUGAAAUCCAUAGCUUCUGUCCAUCUUGCAGGUCACUAUUUAUACGAAAGCCCAAUGAAGGAAACAACAAUGCUGCCAUUUCCAAUGUGGUCCCAAACAGCUGCUGCAAAUUGCAGAUGAAACGCGUUUAGUCAGAAACUCUUUCAUUUGGUUCUUAUAAAAAGGACCAAGAUUUUUCUUCUCUUUCAUGCUUAUAAAUAGGACCGGAGGGAGUAUAAAAAACAAUAUCCUUAAUUAGUCAGAAAACCAAACAAUUAAUAUAGAAGACUAGGUUAUAUGUGUAGAUAUUUAACUUUGGUCCCUUUAUAUUUAUUCAAACAUAUGACAAUGAUAUGGUGAAUCAUGUUAAAAAUUGUUA